AUGGAGUUCGAGGCGAAAGAAGAGUUAAAAACGAAACGGCCUGAACUGCAGAAAAUAUCAAAAGUGACGGUUCAUCCCCUCGUUCUCCUUGGUGUCGUUGAUCACUUUAAUCGUAUGGGUAAAGUCAGUGGAGGUCAGAGGCGCGUGGUUGGUGUUUUGCUUGGCGCAUUACGCGGGACUGUUCUUGAUGUCAGCAACUGUUUUGCUGUUCCGUUUGAGGAGGAUACGGCAGAUCCUAACGUCUGGUUUCUUGACCAUGAUUACCUGGAGAACAUGUUCUCCAUGUUUAAAAAAGUGAAUGCUCGCGAGCGCAUUGUUGGUUGGUAUCAUUCCGGUCCGAAGCUCUGUACAAAUGACAUAAAAAUAAACGAACUUUUCAGAAAGUACACACAGAAUUCUGUACUCGUCGUUGUUGAUGUUAAGACAACCGAAAGUGAUGGGAUUCCGACAGAGGCCUACAUUGCUGUUGAAGAAGUACAUGACGAUGGAACUUCGACAACCAAAACGUUCGAUCACCUGCUGUCAGAAAUCGGUGCUGAGGAAGCAGAAGAAGUGGGUGUGGAACACCUACUGAGGGACAUAAAGGAUUCUUCAUUGGGUAGUCUAUCACAACGAAUCGAUGCUAAGGUGAGCGGCCUAGGUGGAAUGCUUCGCCAACUGGAAGAAAUCCAAAGUUAUCUUGAAUUAGUAACGUCUAAACGAAUCCCAGUGAAUCACCAAGUGAUGUACAAGCUGCAGGAUAUGUUUAAUCUCCUGCCUGAUGUUCGCAUGCAAGAAAUGGUUCGAUGCCUCAGUAUGACUUCAAACGACCAGAUGCUGGUCAUAUACAUGGCAUGUACCAUACGUGCAAUUCUCGCACUUCACGAUUUAAUCAACAACAAGCUGACAAAUCGCGAAACUGAACGUAAUGAAGAGGAAGUAAAGAAAAGCAGCAAGCCAACUGUGACUGGCGAUCAUCCAAAGGAAGACGUUAUUGAGAAGGCAACAGAAAAGAAACCGUAG